AAAAAAGGGAAACCAAAACGGCAGCGAAUAAAAUAUGAACCGAAAACAAGGAUAGGAACAACCGCUGGCCACUCCCGAAACCAACUAUCACAGCCAAAAAAAAAAAAAACAAAAGAUUCCCAUGUGUACGCGACGCCCCGACUCCGGAAUCCCUCCUCCGCUUUCCCCUCUCCUUUCCUUCUUCCCCACUCGCUCUCUCUCUCUCUCUAUUUUCCUCAUUUCCCCCGUCCUUCGCUCAGUCUCCUCUCUCUCUCUCUCUCUCUUUCCGUCGCCACGCCAGCCAUCGAUCCUCCGUCGUGCCCGUCAUAAUCAGAAUCCCUCCUCCGUCCGUCCGGUCACCUCCUCCAUCAAACCUUCCUUUUUUUUUUUUCAAUUUAAUUUUAUGCUUGGUGGGAAGCUGUCGUUGCCACAAAGUUUAUUCCCUUCCGAUUCUCCUUUAGAUCCCCUUUUUAUUAUUGUUAUUCUUCUUCUUCUUCCCCCAUUCUUCUCUCCCUUCGUCUUCUUCAUAUUCCCCUCCCCCGACCCCCGAUUCCUUUCUCUCUCUCUCUCUCCCCCCUGGAUCCGGAUCUUCCUAUGCUCCCCCUUCUUCUUCUUCUCCUUCCCUUAUCUUCUUCAUAUAUAGCCCUAUCCUCCUUUCUGCGACCAGACUGCCAACAAACAAACAAAUUUGAAGUGAGAUGGAUUUCACCGAUCAAAGGAAGCGCUGCCACGAGUACGUCGACGCCCUGGAGGAAGAGCGCCGGAAAAUCCAGGUUUUCCAGCGCGAACUCCCCCUCUGUCUCGAGCUCGUCACCCAAGCGAUCGAGGCAUAUCGGAGGGAGCUGUCCGGUUCGACGCCGACGGAGUACACCACGACCGUGCCUGGUCAAUCCGACUGCUCGGAGCACACCUCCAGCGGCGGAGGUCCAGUGCUGGAAGAAUUCAUCCCUAUUAAGCCCCAACACAACUCUUCCUGCAACGACGACGAUGAGGAGGAGGAGGAGGAAAAUGAGAACGAAAAUCAUCGUCACACCAACCACCACAAUGAAGAUGAUGAUCAUCGGGGUAGCGGCGGCGACGGCGAGAGGUCACUGAAACGGAACCGGAGCCAAAAUGAGGAAACGGAAGAUAACAAGAGCAGUAGCAGUAACAAGAAAUCCGACUGGCUCAGAUCUGUUCAAUUGUGGAACCAGUCCCCAGAUCCACCGCUCCCAAAUGAGGAGGUGCCGAGAAAAGCGGUGGUGAAGGAGGUGAGGAGAAACGGAUCAGGAGGCGCAUUCCAGCCAUUCCAAAAGGAGAAAAAUAGUAGCGGCGGUGGCGGUGGCGGCUUUGUUGGGAAGAGCAACGGUGGUGGUGGUGGUGGUGGUGGUAAUCAUGACAAUACCAUCACCGUCGCUACUGCUGCUGCGACUACUCCAUCCUCGGUCCUGAGUUCCAGCGCGGCCGCGGCGGGGACCAGCGGCGGCGCUCCCAGCGUCAGCAAUACGAAUAGCAACAAACAACAGCAGCAAAAGUUUGUGGAUAACAAAGAAGCGCAGGCGCAGCAGAGAAAGCAAAGGCGGUGCUGGUCUCCAGAACUACACAGAAGAUUCCUUCACGCUCUCCAACAGCUCGGCGGCUCACACGCUGCGACACCGAAGCAAAUUAGGGAGCUAAUGAAGGUGGACGGGCUCACUAAUGACGAAGUUAAGAGCCAUUUACAGAAAUACCGUUUGCACACAAGGCGGCCGAGCCACGGUGUGCAGAAUACCAGCAACCCGCCGGGCCCACAGUUCGUGGUCGUCGGAGGGAUAUGGGUGCCACCGUCGGCGGAAUACGCAGCGGCGGCUGCGGCAGCAGCAGCAGCCGCGACGUCUCCCCGAGAAACGACUCCGAGCGGAUCGAUUUAUGCGCCGGUGGCGAAGACGGUGGCUGCUCAAAGGCAGCAGGCUAGGAGUACGGAGCAGUUGCAGUCGGAAGGCAGAGGCAGCAGCCGGAGUGAAGGCGGAGGAGGAGCUCAUCGGCCGUGUUCUCCGAGCACGUGUUCAUCCACUCGCACGGCCACUAGCACGCCGGGGAGCUAAUGUUUCCCUCUUUUUUGUUUGGGUCUUGAACAGAAACAAAGGUGUAAAAUUUUUGUAAGAUCAUGUGAUGAUACGAUAGAUGGAAAGAGGUAAGAAGAAAGGCGUGGCGCGUGCGUGUAUUAUUUUUGUGACAGAUUAGAUUAGAUAGACAUGAACAAGCGAUGGGUUGGUUUACAUUAGGAGAUAAUGACAGUGGAUGGAUCUUUGAAUUUUGAACGUUGAAUAGUGGUUGGAGAAUAAAUUAAUUGGCAAAUCUUUCUUCUUA